AUUCAAGAAAACUGAAAAAAUUAGAGAUCGAGCUUUCAAUUUAGCAUCUGUAACGUAAUAAAGAGAUAUAACGCGAUCAUAAUUGUAAUGAGAGCGUAUACACGGCUAAUUAUACGCGUAUCAAACGCGUCUAACAAAGUGUUACAUGUUUUUAUCGUUAUAUAUGAACAUUGGAGAUGAAUCUUUACAAACGGAGAACACGAUUAAUCUUCUGCAGUCGAAAUAUUCCAGUCAUCAAAUCUUAUAAUCCAUUAUGGAAAACAUAUUUACGCUUUACACGUCACUCAAGAUAUGCAAUUUAUCUUUUAAAGUUAUCUCUUAAAGCAAUAUUUCUUUCUUUGCUAGUAAUAUCUUUGUCAUCCAUUAAAUUUAAUAAAAUCUAAUUGAUGUGAGAAUAAAUUAGGAUAAUGAGGCGGAUAACACAUUCACGAUGCUAAAUGAAUGUUUAAAUCUCAAAGAUAUUCGAAAAUAAAAUGGUAAAUCUUCGCGAAUAGCUAAUAAUAACCAAAAUUAUUUGCUUCAUGAAUCGGUUUCGAUCUUAAACCGAAAGUAGGAUGAAUGAAUGGAAUCGAUACGUUCUACGAACGUCUGACCGAAUUUGAGGUCAAUCUCAAUAAUUUGAAUGGAUAUGGAUGCACUAUUGAAUUUCGGUCGUACAUUGAAUUCUCAAUGGAAUUAACGGUUUUAGAAAGCUGCGAAACAACCGAUGGAACAGGAAUCGCGCAAGGAAUGACCAUAAAGUUGCAGAACAAUUUGCGUCGGAAACCAAUUUUCAUACGGACACUCGCGCAGAAAUCUUUUCUCCCGUCUUACUUGUAACAGUAAAACUGAAAUAUUAAUUGCGCAAUAAUAAUAAAUAAAUCCAAGAUGGAUUAAUCUUGAAUUGCAGUAUAACGAAAGGAAAAACGCAAUUGAGUCGUUGGCGCGUUCGAAAAAUCAAGAGAUUAAUUCUUGUAUUAAAGAUUGGUCUUUGCCUUUUACGCCUUUUGAAUAUUUGUGCUGUCCGAACGCGAUGAUUAAGUAGAAUCGAAUGAGACGACUAAAAGCCAUUACACAUGCACACGUGCUAAAAUGACUUGGCUGAUGUAAUGAACAAUUACGGACUCGCCUCGCGUUUGCGAGCUGCAACUUUUAAUUGUUGUACCGUGCCAGCUCGGGAAAGUAGUUCUCGGCGAGAUAUAAAUAAUUCACAGAAUACUUCAUACAACCGUCAACAAGGUGGAAGAAUAGAUAUAAUUUCGAGCGAGAAAUGGAAAGAUUUGUGUCUCGAGUCUGCAAUUUUUAACUUCCUCUCUAACAUGAAGCGAAAGAGCAGAAGAACGCGCAUUUCGCGGCGUUGAGCUCUCCAACGUGACGCAGCGAUCGCGUAUGUCUUCAGAUGAACUUGGAGCCCAAAUACUCAUACUCUCUCUCUCUCUCUUUCCUCGAUGUGUGGGCCAGCAGGCACGUGACUAACAUGCUUGCGUUGUUCGUCACUUUCUCGUGGAACGACUUUUCCCUCCCGUUUCGGGGUCGCGUUUUAACAUGCGUACACUUUCGUUGCCCUGUAUUUCGGCUUUCCUCACUCAAUAUUUUCAACGUUUCAGAGAUCCACGCGAUACGAAACGCCAAUAGAUGUUUGGAUAUUUGUUUUUGUAGUAUUUUUUGUUAUAUGUAUUAAUGUUCCGCUACUCUACUGUAUAAUUUUGUGAUUCGUGCCCUGAUAGAAUUUUAAACAUAUGCUAAAAAGAAAGUUUGAAUCUCAUUAAAUUCCCGUCCAAUUAGGACGUCGCAUGAUUCAGGACAGAUCAGGUUAAUUAAAUAUUCGCGAGUCAUUGAAAACAUUUUCGCGUAUUUUGUUAGUUGCUCUUCGUCUCUUGACCGACGAAAGUGUCACGCCAUCAACGAUCUGUGAAUGCGCGUAGCGUUCUUCUGCAUUAUAAUGCAUGUUUACAGUCCUCGAUCCAUCUCUUCGAUUGCUCGCAUCUGUUGAAGCCGGCCUGCCUAGAUGAUAGCUACUACAAAUAAUGGCAAAGGACUUUGGCGAAAUUGCCGCGAGGAGACAUUCUCCCGUCCCGUUCUACUUAGGCCGGACUUACUCGCCACGAGUACGAUGAUGUUCGUAGAAACGCGGGCAUUUAAAGACAAUUGUGAAUAACGUGUGCGAGGCUGCAUCCCGCGAGCACCAUUUCUUCCCUCUCCCGUUACUACGGCGCACUAAAAAUCCCACACUCGUUCGUUCUGCUGGAAUAGCGGCAGUCCGACACUGUCGACACUCUUGACCGAGAAUACAACCGACAUCAAAAUUUACUACGAGAAAUUUCGUUUCUAACAAAGUCUCGCUGAAAUAUAAUAGCGAUUAAAAGUGUCCGAAAUAGCACAUAUGAAGCUAACGGCUGUACGCAAGGAAACGGCAGGAAGGAGCGCUUUAAAUUUUGACAAGGGAAAAGUAUUAAAUUGCGAAAAUCAUUUUUGUAACGAUAAGUUAAAUUCUCAUUGGGCAUUGCGGGUGGCUCACGGCGGUUGUUCUUUUUAACAGGGAAAAAUUUUUAAGAGGAUAGAAUUGGAACUAGCGGGAGAUGUUGAAAGAAGUUGGAACUUUCUUCUCAGCGAGAAUAUGUGCCCUACAUAUUUCCUUAGUCCAACGAGCACCGAUAAAAGAAUCAUGAUUAAGUUUGCAAUCCUCCUCGUUCUCGCCAUCGACCUGGCGAAUAGCCAGCUCAACUACGAGGGAAAUCCGUUUACGGAGUUCACCGAAUACAUCGCGGAGGAGAGCAAUCUCUCUGAGAAGUCUGCCAGGCAAAAUGACGCCUCGAUCGAUCUCUCUAAUCCCGGGAUGUCCCGUCCUCAGAAGCUGUAUCCGAUCGUAGAAUCCGAAAACCAUGGACGCUCACAGCAAGCGGAAAUCGAUAAUCUUAUCAAAUCACAGACGUCAUCUUCAGUGCAGACCUUCCAAUCGGACACGUCCGCUCGGCAGUUACAAGACUCUUCUGGAAACUUGCCGGUCAGCCAGGCGGAGGUCGCGCUAAACUCGUUCUUGAACUCCAGGACACCCGAGGAAUCUCGUUUAUCUCUCGAGCACUAUCUCCGCAGUCAACAGUCGCCAGAGGAUCAAUCGCGAUCGUCGGAAGCGAUUGUCGGUCAAGAGUCACAAUCGAUCGAGCCCCUCAAUCCUCAAGCGAUCUCUCAUGUUCAGCAACAGCAACCGUUUUCGCACGUUCAGCAACAGCAACGGAUCUCCCAUGUUCAGCAACAGCAACCGAUCUCUCACGUUCAGCAACAGCAACCAAUCUCUCAUGUUCGGCAACAGCAACAGCAACCGUUGCUCGUUCCUCAGGUGAACCAGCAGCAGGUGCAGUUGACGUCGCAAUUGGAUCAGGUCCAGCUAGCGCCGCAGCAGCUAAUGCCGCAGACCGAUCAGCGACAACUGUUGCCGCCCGCUAGCCAGACUUAUGGCUACGUGGGACAACCAACCAUGGUACAGGCGGUACAGCCCGUGAUUAGGACACCCACCGGAGUCGUCCUGGGACAAAAAAUGCUGCAACCAGUGCCACUUGUGCCCGCUUUCCAAGCCAGGAACGACAUGCUAACGCCGGCGAUGUGGCGAGAGAGAAUGAGAAGGAUACGCGGAAAACCGUUUCCCUUCGCGCAAUCCAGGAUAACGCCGACAUUGUACCAAGGCCCAAUCGCAGUUCCUUUCAAGGCCAAGGCACCAGUGGAAGUUAUCUAUACGAAACCACCGGGUUUCCAUCGAGGACCGCCUAUCCUCAGCAACCCACCGAUUCCCUACGAGGACGCGAGCGCCUGGUUUCCCGAGAGCGAUCAUCAGCCUUCUCAGAAGGACGUCUAUUAUUCGCAGUUAUACGCGCAGUCUUAUGAUCCUCACUAUUACAAUUACAUCGCUACGACCGGUAAAAUUCGGCCGUAUCUGUACGGAAAGCUGGGCAAGCAUCAGGAGGAGCAGGAAAGUGGCAUUUGGUCUGAACUGUAUCGCGGCUUCAAGAAACACGGCUUGAGAAAUAUCAUGACGCCAACCUUCCUGCUGGGCAUGACGCUACCAGUGGUGACUCUGAUGCUCUCCGCUCUCGUGCAGAAGCGGUCCCUCGCGCGCUCCAGCGACGCGAGGGAAUUGAAUCAAGAGGAGGCUCUGCAAGAAUACCUCGAAAGGCUGCAAAGAGCGAUGGAAUGUUACGGUAGGAAUUCCCGAGACACAAAGCUAGAUGGAUGCUAGAAUCAAACAUAUACCUUCAUGCUAAGAUGUAUGACAUCAGUCCGAUGCUUGCAUUAGAUAACGUGCGAAGAAAUAGCUUAAUUAGCGUCGAGAAUUGCAACAAUCAUUUAGACAGCAAAACAUGUACAAUUUUUUAUGUACAUUUUAAUAUACAAACUAUACAAUACAAUAUCGGACUGCGCAUCAUCUUGCAUUUUAUUCAACGAUAAUCAGAUAUGAUUUUUUUGAUUCUAGAAUUUAUUUAACGUUACGCCGCCUUAGUUUCAAGUAAGAUCGCCGCGUUUUAUGAUAAACAUACAGUGAGAAAAAAUUUUGUACUUAAAUCGUGAUAAAAAUAUAAUACUCUUAAAAUCGCGCGUGCUUUGCAAAUAUGUAACUGUAUUUUGAAGACGGAGACGCCAUGUUGAUCAAAUACAACAGUUGUGGCCUGUAGAACACUAAUUACAGAAUCGUAGUAGAAUAUUAUAUAUAUGUAUAUAUAUAUGUAUAUAAUAACGUGCAUCACGAGAACGCUCGCUUGUCAUUAGACUUAUGUUACAGUGACCUCGUACACGAUGGAAAAAUAUGAGCCGCGUAUACAAAAUAUUACAGGUUUUUCCGCUGGAAACGGUCACUUAAUUGUACGGAAAUUAAGAUAUAUCUAUGUAAAACCUUCCUUCUCGAAUGAGAAAAAUAGCUCUGAAACGCGUGUCUUUUUUAUGGACUUUGCAGUCAUGCAUUACUUUUUUUUUAAAUUAUAAAUUGCAAUUUGUACAGCGUAGUUUACUGCGUAUAUUUUAUAUAUAUAUAUAUAUAUAUAAUUUUCAGCGGAAAAACCCGUAAUGUUUUGUAUACGCGGCUCAUAUUUUUCCACCGUGUAGAUCACUGUAACACAAAUCUACUAACACGCGAGCGUUCCCGCGACACAUGUUAUUAAUGUGUUACGUAAGAUCCACAUGUCUCUCCCCUGUCUGUCGCAAGUCGUUAGUUAUGUGUUAAAAUAGCGAAAAGAAGAAGAAAUAAAAACUGCUAAUGUCACCGGAUUAAAUUUAGGAGAAUUAAAUAGCGAAAGGCAAGCCACAAUUGCCGAUGUUACUGCAUCAAACACUGUGUAUAUAUAACGUGUAUCUAAUAUAAAAAUCUAUAUAAUAUACUCGCGUUAAUUAAAGCCUA